AUGGCUCCAGGGGUGUUGAUAGACGAUUGCAAUCACAGUUACAGCCACAACCAGGGCCAUGGUAUGCCUUCCAGGGUUCUCCGGAUCGGCAUCAUCGGUGGCGGUCUAGCCGGGGCUGCUGCUGCAGGGGCCUUUUCUCGAUUGCCUAAUGUGCAGGUCAAAGUCUACGAGCGGUCGCCAGUGAUACGCGAGGCUGGCGCUCAGAUUGCAGUCAUGGUCACAGCGAUCAAGGUGCUGCGCAGAAUGCUGUCACCUGCCGCGUGGAAUCAUCUCGAACAAAACUUGUAUCGAGGUAAAGACACCGAUGGCAUUCAGCAUCGGCAUUGGAGGACGGGAGAGGUACUCCUCAAAGCCAUAUCGCCACAUACACCACGAUACCUGCAGGAAGGGAGAACGUCACGAGUCUCGCUGCACCGGACGCUGAUGAUGGAUGUCCCUGAGGGAGUGGUCGAGUAUGGCCACGAAGUCGCCAAGGUUGAGACGCGCCGUAACGAUGUUGGCAGGAGUGAAGCAGUGCUUCAUUUCAAAGGCGGACAUUCGACAACGGUGGAUUUGGUGGUCGCUGCUGAUGGAUUGUACUCGAAAAUCAGGCGGCAGUACCACCCGGAGACCGACGUCAAGUAUAAAGGUUUGGUCGCAUACCGAAUCAACUUCCCUUCCUCGCUCGUAAGUCAUAUCAAGGAUCUUCCCGAUGAUUCUUCGUCGUAUCGAAGGGGACCCAACAUUGUCAUUUUGUCCCGCCUCGAGCCAGGGGUCUACUCCUUUGCGGCCUUCUUGCAGGAACCCGAGGAAUUUGCCCAGACUCUUCGAUGGGAACAUGCGCUAGGUCAACCAGGGAUAGAGAGAUUGAAAGGAAAAGUAAAAGGAUGGCACCGAAUAGUUGAAGAGGUGGUGGCUGCUUUGCCAGCCGUUGAUGCUUACCCACUGCAUGCCGCUAAAUGGCUGGAAAACCUGGUUCGAGACGAUUGUGCUGCCUUUGUUGGCGAUGCAGCACAUCCCACCGCGGGCGGCUGGGGAACAGGCAGUGCUUUUUGUUUUUCUGAUGUUUGGGCUCUUUACCGGUCUUUGCAGAGGACAUAUAAUUUCAAAUCGCCAUCGAAGCCCCCAACUUGUUAUGACAUCCCUUAUGCUCUCCACCUGUUCAACGAAACCCGUCGACAUUUCCUGCUGAGGGUUGAGCGCCAAUUUGAAUAUGACCGAUUGGACGGUCUAUACGUCACCGAGGCGCUGGAUGACGAUGAAGAGUUUGCCCGGAGGUAUCGAGAAAGAUACACCCUCAUUUGGUGGAUCUUGGAACAUGAUGUCGAUAUCAAGUGGCAGGAGAUCGAGGCGGAGGAGAGACAUCUUUAUUACGGUCUGGCAAAGCAGAAUGCCUUGCGGUAAAUCUCAGCUGUUGCUGUGGUGGGACGAAACGGUACGCGCAAGCUGCCAGACCAGGCUUGUUUGAGCAAUCAGAAAGCAUUCGACGGUGUCACAUAAGUCAGUCAAGCCUCGAAGAGGGAAAGGAU